AUGUCCAACCAGGCAGUCGGCGGCGUCUACCAGACCAUCAUCGAGGAGGUCAUUAAUAGCUCUCGAGUGGAUUUUGAAGAGAAUGGCGUCGAAGAGUCCGUAUUGGAAGAAUUGCGAUUGGGAUGGCAACAAAAGUUAUCUCAAUUAGAUGUAGCUCAGUUCCCCUGGGAUCCGAAACCUGAACCACCGCCUCCUGCUAUGCCUGUACCUCCCGUUAACCCGGCUCCUGCGCAAAACCAUCCUAUCAAGGCGGAGCCUUCAUCAACUCCGCAGCUGCCACCUGUUUUACCCAUACACAAUGGCAUGCCGGAUCAAAUGCAGAUCCCUGGGGGUUACAAUGGAGUUGACAACAAGAGCGGCAACGUCGCCGCAAACCGUGCAUCGCAGUUGAUCCAGCAGCAAUAUGGCAACCGGGCUACGGGAUCGAUCAAUGCAAUCCAGGAUCAGAUGGGCCAGCAGAUCUCAGGCCAGCCUCAACAGAUCCAGUUGCCGCCGCUUCAACAAGGCCAGCACAUGGUUCCGCAACAGCAAGGCGGCCAGCACUUGCCAGCACCCAACGGUCAACAUCACCUUCACAACGCACAGACAGACGGAGCUGGGGACGAUGAGGGCGAAUUUGAAGCUAUACUGAUGCGUCGUGGCAUUACCGGCGAUCUUGAGGAGCUUGGAAGAGUGGAUAUUGACGGUAUCCUACAUGAGCAAAUUGCUGCGAAAGCGAAGACAAUGGAGGGCGGAGGUCUGAUGCUUCCUUUGAAGGAGGCGACCAAGCACCGGGCAGCUGGGGGCUCGAAGCCUAGAGGAUCCGGCAUCGGUGCCCACGACGGGGCUGAGGAUGAGUAUGAUGAAGAUGCCAUCAAUUCGGAUCUUGAUGAUCCCGAAGAGGAUCGCUCCGAUGACGAGGUUGAUGACGAGGGACUUGGACACAUCAUGCUUUGCAUGUACGACAAGGUCCAACGCGUCAAGAACAAGUGGAAGUGCACUCUCAAGGAUGGUGUUUUGACCGUCAACGGAAAGGAAUAUGUUUUCCACAAGGCGACGGGUGAGUAUGAAUGGUAG